AUGGCUCCAGUCACAGAUGGUUCCAAACUGAGGAGAAAUCGUGACUUCGACUUGAGACGUCCCCUCUCCAUGAAAAGACCAUCAAAUCGCAGCGGCGUCGGGGGGCAGCCGGACUCCGCGGAGCUCGCUUUCUCCUUGCUCUCCCCUCCGUCCGUCCGUCCGUUUGUGUGUGCGUGUCCGUGUGUCUCCGUGUGCGUGUGCCCGUCCGGAUUUUCACCCACCUCUGUGGACACCUGUGUCGGGAAAGGGCCCUCAGCCGAUUCCCCUGCUGCGCUGCUCCUCCCGCCUCAUUUCCUACGACGAACAAGACGAGCGCUCCUGGAAGCGCGGCACAGCCCCAGUUCUGGACAGAAGGACGGCCGUCCCGGGAAAGCGGGCAUCACUGCUCAGGUUUCUCCCUGUGAGAAGCGGAAACCUGAAGUUCAAAUCCCAUGCCCACCUCAGCAGAUAGACCUCCUAAGAGCUCGUGCUUCAUUCCUCCCAGGACCUCUGAGGUAUGUGGAGAAGACAGUGGUCACAGGAGCUACUGAUGGGAUUGGAAAAGCCUAUGCAGAAGAGUUAGCAAGACGUGGAAUGAAAGUGGCUCUAAUCAGUAGGUCAAAAGAGAAACUGGACCAGGUUGCUAAUGAAAUAAGGGAGAAGUACAAAGUGGAAACAAAAGUCAUUGUGGCAGACUUUGGAGAGAGAGAAGACAUUUACAGCAGAAUCAAAGCAGGAUUGGAAGGCCUGGAGAUCGGUGUUUUAGUCAACAACGUGGGAGUUGCAUAUGUUUAUCCUGAAUAUUUUCUUGAUGUUCCGGACCUGGAUAAGACAAUUGACCAAAUGGUCAACAUUAACAUCAUGUCUGUUUGUAAGAUGACACGAUUGGUGCUGCCCGGCAUGCUGGAAAGAUCAAAAGGGGCAAUCUUGAAUAUCGCCUCAGCUGCUGGGAUGUAUCCAACUCCACUGCUGACUCUUUACUCCGCAACCAAGGCUUUUGUGGAUUACUUCUCCCGAGGCCUCCAUGCAGAAUACAAGAGCAAGGGUAUCAUUGUGCAGAGUGUUCUGCCGUAUUACGUGGCAACGAAAAUGUCCAGAAUCCGCAAGCCGACCUUCGAUAAGCCCAGUCCUGAAACGUACGUCAGAGCUGCCUUGGGCACGGUAGGCCUGCAGUCCCAGACCAACGGGUGCCUACCCCAUGCGCUCAUGGGAUGGAUCUUCUCUCUUCUCCCUACAUCUGCUGUCAUUAAUAUACUCAUGAGAACAAACAAACAAAUACGGGCUCGUUAUUUGAAAAAAAUGAAGGAGAAGUAA